GCACUUUCCUUUGCUCGUGCUCAUCUCACGCGAGCCAGGCUCGUCAACUCAGGGGCGCGUGCCAGAUCCGAAGCGGAGGGGACAGCUCCCAGGUGCUGAAAUUGGUCGGCGCUCCAAAGAGAGACAGAGAGACCGAGGGGGGAAGAAGAUCAACGCCUGCAUUUGACACAAACAUAAAAACCGUAUUCUGCAGAACAGGGGCAGAUACAGGUAGAACCGAGGCCUUCAAAACAGAUGGCUGCUACUCAGGAUGUGAAAGGGAAGGGAGAGGGAGGGGACCAAAACUUUGACUACAUGUUCAAGCUGCUGAUCAUUGGCAACAGCAGUGUGGGCAAAACGUCUUUCCUGUUCCGCUAUGCCGAUGACGCCUUCACCUCGGCCUUCGUCAGCACAGUAGGCAUCGACUUCAAAGUGAAGACUGUGUACAAGAAUGACAAGAGGAUCAAACUGCAGAUCUGGGACACAGCAGGCCAGGAGCGAUACAGGACCAUCACCACUGCCUACUACCGUGGGGCUAUGGGCUUCAUUCUCAUGUAUGACAUCACCAACGAGGAGUCCUUUGGCGCUGUGCAGGACUGGUCGACCCAGAUAAAAACCUACUCAUGGGAUAAUGCACAGGUGGUGCUGGCAGGGAAUAAAUGUGAUAUGGAGGAAGAGAGAGUGGUCUCAGUGGAUAGUGGCAGACUGCUGGCAGAACAGUUGGGUUUUGAGUUCUUUGAGACAAGCGCCAAGGACAACGUCAACGUGAAGCAGACCUUCGAACGUCUCGUCGACCUAAUUUGCGACAAGAUGUCCGAGAGCUUGGACACUGAUCCGGCCGUCACCACGGGAGCCCCCACUGCCAAACUCACAGACAGCGCUCCGCCCCUCCAGCAGCCCGGGUGCAACUGUUAGUAACCGAUGUCAGGAAGCAAAGGGAGGGCAGCACAGGUCCUGUAAGGUGGUAGAGUGUGCAGAGUUUUGUUCUCCCUCAGCGUUAUCACUCCUGCUAGUGCUGCUUUCUCUGGACUACAGUUCAAACCCUGGUUAGUAGUAGAAUUACAAAAUGCUGUCGUAUUAUCUCUCAACUUUAUCACCUUAUUAUCAAGAGCAAAUAACCAGACAAACAGACAUGGCUAUUGUAAAAUGUGUAACAUUACAGGAUAUCUAGAAUAUAGAGACACCAUAUUGUCAUUCCUUGGCUAGUUAGUAUGGUUAGAAACCAAGUAUGUUUGAUAAGGCUGGAAAUAGUUCAUAGUCAUGCUGUACAGUUACUCCUGAAAACCUUUAAACUCUUUAAGACCUAGAAUAAUUAUAAAAUGAGGGAUGGAGUCAAUGAGUGCUUUGAUAAUUUUUUUAUUUUUAUUUUUUGGUACUGUAUAUUUUUUUUUCCUUUUAUAGGUCUAUUCUGUUUCCUAAAGCUGCCAAAUCUAUGAUUUAGUGCACUAUAGGAUGUAGCGGAUUUCUUUUGUGUAAUGAAUGUGUGGUGCUGUAAGUGAGUGUGGGUUGCAUGAGUGUGAGUAUUGUGUCUGAGUCACAAAUGAGUGCAACUUUGUCAUCUAAAAAUCAUCUACCUUGGAUAAAAAAAAGUGGCCUUUUAGCAUCUCCAACACGGCCUCUGUACGUCCCUCUGUUAGUCCCUUACUUUUGGAAUGAAUCCAGUGUGUAUAACGUUGAUGUGAGUACUAUUCCACGUUUUGCUGUCUGUAGAUGUGUGAUUUCACUGAUAAGUAAAGCAACUCUUUCUAUGUGCUUAGCCUCUAAGAUGACCCUUUAUAGUUUGAUGCGAUGAGCAUGCUGCCAAAAAGUCAUAUGUGCUGUUUAAAGAUCGUAAGAUAGGCCUUACCGAACCUUACCAUCCUCAACUCCAUACGAUAGCAGUGAUACAGCAUUCAUCAAAAAAACUCUCACACUGACUGACAGUACAGUGUAUGACAUACAAAUCAGCUCUGGCAUUGGAAUAAACAGCCAUAUAUAAAACGUACUAUUUCAUUUUUGAGUCAGCAUGCUAAAAUUUCAUGUUUGUGCUAUAAAAUUAAGUCCCUCCUGAAAGAAGAAUCUCAGUAAGCUGCUUAUAAAACAUCAUAGACAUGCAGUAGUUUAAAAUGGGAAGCUCCCCAUAGCAAACAUAUACAGUACUGUAGUGGUCUUAAUAACAAUAAGUCCAGAAAGCCUUUCAGUUCUGCAAUUCAUAGAAGAAGAAAAAAAAACAUUUGUGCCAAAACAUUACAGUUCCUUUCGAGUCGUCAGUUGUUUGUUGCAUAGUUGAGUAAAAGCUCCAAAAAAAUGCAUGAAGUCCGUCCUGACUUAUCUAUGUAGAUUUAUAUAAUAAGAUAGUGUAUAUAUCACUCUAUGUUACAGAUUUAGGAGCAUUGUCAUAGCACUUGCUGUGAGAUGCAAUGGGCCAAUAAGUGCAAUAUUUUAUGAAUUAAACCCUGUACAUAGUUUCUCCUGUCCUCGAGUACAAUGACUCUGUCUGCAGUAUGUGAGUGACAGUUUGGUCAGAAUGGCUCUGAAACUGAUGUACAAUGUGUGCUUCACUCAGUAACUGCAGCCACUGAAUGUGUGACUUGGUGUGUGCGUGUGUGUGUGUGUGUGUGUGUGUGUGUGUGUGUGUGUGUUUGUGUGUGUGUGUGUGUACCUGCCAUAUUGAAGAGACAAAUUACGUAAUAUAUUGUAUUGUUUGUGUAUACCUUUUGUACAAAUGUAUUCACGUACUAAAUGCUGUUCCUGCUAACUGUUGGGUGUUGAUUGAACUUGUAUUAUCAUGUCAAAAUGCAGUGUUGUUGUGAAAGAUAGUCAGGGAGAUAACUUAGUCCAUGCCAUAUGCCAUACUGAUGUAAUUCCAGAAAAAAGGGAUACACAUAAACUAGUUCAGAGAUCCUGCGCAUAUGUGUGUACACGUGCUCUGUGCGUGUGCAUUUGUGUAUGUGUGUGAUAUUAUAAUUUUAUGCUAAUAGCCAUUAAAAUAAAUUAUUGUAAUGAUCUAAAGUCAAGAUUCAUUUCACAAAGGAAUAGUGAAUGUGGCUGUUCAGAUGCCAAAACAGUCACUCUGGUCAAAUCUCAUUUUAAAACACUAUGACUUUACAUAUAACUGAAUAUAUUUGUUUCUUGGAGUGCAAGCAAAGUAAGAGGUAUGUUUUUGAGAUUAUAGGAAAUAAAUCAAAUUCUAUCAGUG